GAGUAGCACUUCUCUUUUCUUCGCUGUGAAACUGUGGAUAUUUUUGUGUUAACAGAGUGGAUGCUUUGAUAUGACAAUUGGAUACUACCAUCUCAAAGGUGGAUAUUUUUUUUAGCUUGAUGUUUCUCAUUUGGUUGAUGCUGUUGUUCUCAGCUCAUCUGGCUGAAUGUGUGCCAGAGAAGCCAAAGAGAUCAACUCUGAACCAGCUGACCAGGACCCUCCUCAGGAAAUAUGACUGCGGCGUUCGACCUGUUCACAACUGGACCAGUCCUACCACUAUCUACAUAGAUCUCAUACUGCAGUCUGUCCUUGACGUGGAUGGCAAGACUCAGAGCAUAACUACCAGUAUUUGGUACAGACAGAUCUGGACAGAUGAGUUCCUGGUUUGGGACCCAGAGGAGUUUGAUGGCAUCAAUGAGAUCUCACUGUCAUCUGAUGCCAUCUGGAUACCUGAUGUUAUCGUUAGUGAAUUUGUGGAUGAGGGAAAGUCCCUACCCAUCCCCUAUGUGUACGUCAACUCCUCUGGCUCAGUGAAGAACUACCGGCCCAAGCAGGUGGUACUGGCCUGCAGCCUGGAGAUGUAUGCCUUUCCAUUUGACAAGCAGAACUGCAGCCUUACCUUUCGCAGCUGGCUUCACUCAGUGAAGGAAAUAGACCUGGCGCUGUGGAGGAGUGCAGAGGCCAUCGCUAAUGAUAAGAGGGAGUUCAUGAAUGACGGAGAAUGGGAACUGUUGUCCAUUCCUUCCAGCUACUGGCAGAUCCACCAAGACAACACGGACUAUGCCCACAUCCAGUUCAAUGUGUUGAUCCGCCGGCGCCCCCUGCUGUAUGUGGUGGGUCUCCUCAUCCCCAGCAUCUUCCUCAUGCUGGUGGACGUGAUUAGCUUCUACCUGCCUCUGAACAGCGGUACACGCAUUGCCUUUAAGGUCAGCAUUCUGCUGGGCUACACCGUCUUCAGAGUCAACCUGAUGGAUGACCUGCCCGCCACAGCAGUCAGAACUCCACUCAUAGGUGUGUUCUUUGCGGUGUGCAUGGCCAUGCUGAUGCUCAGCCUGAUCAAGUCUAUUUUGGUAGUGAAGCUGCUCCACCACAGUGAGAAGGAGGUCAAGCAAAUGUCAGUGUCUGCCUGUCUGCUGGACAAGUACGGCUCAGCUUGUCACGGCUUCACAGAGAGCGCUUUAACCUCCAUUAGGACCCUCAAUCACAUCAACCUGUCCGGAGAUUAUGAGCUUGAGGCCUCGGUGGAGGAGGACUUGCUGUCCCUGAAUGAGAUCCAGGAUGCUCCAUCUGGGCUGGAGUGGCUUCUCCAGGAGCUGGUUUCCCUCCGCCUGGCUUUGUCCCAGGAGGACAAUGAGUCUUCGGCUCAGGCUGAAUGGCUUGCCCUCUGCUCGAAGCUUGACCGUUUCCUGUUUCGCUUUUAUCUGUUGGUUCUGGCCUCGUAUGCCGGUACGCUGCUGAUGCUCUGGGCCAGUUGGAGCUUUGCCUGACCGCACAAUCAGAGACUUAGUGACGCUCGUAAUGUGAUGUUUACCAUAUCUGUGAUUCCUGAUUCAGUAAUUCAUUCUGUUGGAUAAGGCUAAAUAUAUUACAAUGCAAAAGGAAUGAUGCAGUAUUGUUGUAGAUUGAACAACAUGUUUUUAAUAUAUACUAAUCCCCCCCGCCAAUAGAUAUUAAUAGAAUAGGAUAAACUAUGUUUUGUGCCAAUGUUAACCAAUGCUUUUAAAAUAUGUCAUUACAAAUCGACCUCUUAAUUAUUGUAGUUUUUGCCAUUUGUUUUUAUUAGUCAUAACAAGUUUGUACUCAUCAAAGUAAAUGCUAAGAUCUGACAACACGGAGACAUUGUUAAAACAUCAGACGGUGAAAGAAACACACAGCUUGUAAACAAGCUGACUUCAUCCAGAUUAUAUUAUUAUUAUUAAAUUAAGUUCAGGCAGAGCACUUAAGUCGCGCGCUUGUUUGUUAGUAUCGUUUCGUCAUGUUCAUCAAAGUGGCCUUUAUAAACUGGGUCUACUCUUCUGAUUCACCACUUCAGUGCCCACACUGAUUGCUGUGCAACUUCCUUCUCAUGUCAUUGAAGCUUUCAUAUUAUCUUUAU